CGAUCUAUCGUGAAGACGGAGGAGUUCUGGGAGAAGAACCUCGUGGAAUCUCCCAGUUCGAUUUCGGGCAAAUUUUCCCUGUUUCCUUGAAGAGAAUCCGAGUCGAUCGCUUCGAUGACCAAAACCUAGUAAUAUAUAUGUUUUGUUAGGGUUUUUGUAGUGCUUAGUUCUCUUUCAUUGUUGCAAUUGUCUUGCAAUGGACGGGAACAAAGACGAGGCUUUGAAGUGCCUGAAAAUUGGACAAGAAGCUCUGGAACUCGGUGAUCGAACUCGUGCGCUGAAAUUUAUCACGAAAGCUCGCCGGUUGGAUCCGACUCUUCCUGUUGAUGAUCUCUUAUCGAAGCUAGAAGGUAAAUCUGGUGAUGCUCCGGCUCCGGAUUCAUCUUCCCCAAAUGGUGUUUUCCCGGAAGAAGCAAAGCCUCCGGCUAAUUCUUCGGUUAGGCAUAGAGGCUCUUCAAACGGGUCUUCGUCGACUUCUUCUGUGUCAUACACAGAGGAGCAGAUCUCGAUAGUCAGACAGAUAAAGAGGAAGAAGGAAUACUAUGAUAUUUUGGGGGUAGAAAAAGAAUGCUCUGUUGAAGACGUCAGGAAGGCAUAUCGGAAACUGUCUCUGAAAGUUCAUCCUGAUAAAAACAAAGCUCCUGGUGCUGAGGAAGCAUUUAAGGCGGUUUCAAAAGCAUUUCAGUGCCUUAGUGAUGAAGAGAGCAGGAAAAGGUAUGAUCUUGUUGGUUCGGAUGAAGCCGUGUAUGAUAGACCCGCAGCUAGGCGAGCACCACAAGGUUUCAACGGUUUCUAUGAGGCAGACGUCGAUGCAGAGGAGAUCUUCAGGAAUUUCUUCUUUGGUGGGAUGCCUCGGGCAACCACCCAGUUUGGUGGGUUUACUUUUGGUACCGGCACGGGACCAAGUGUACACACGGCCGAUCACGGCUCUGGAAACUUCAAUAUCAGGGCGCUUCUUCAGUUACUGCCCAUUCUUCUCCUGCUUCUGCUGAACUUCCUCCCAUCUUCAGACCCCAUUUAUGCUCUAUCCCAGUCUUACGCUUAUGAACACCGGUUUGUCACUCAAAAGGGUGUCAAUUAUUUUGUUAGGACGGCAAAAUUUGAUCAAGAGUACCCUCCUAAUAGCCCAGGACGUGUGGAGAUAGAACAACAAGUUGAGAGAACCUACAGGUCGAGUCUUUCUCAAUAUUGCCAAGUUGAGUUGCAGCGGCGCCAGUGGGGUUUCACGAUUGAGACACCACAUUGUGACAGGUUGAGAGAGUUUCAGGCAAUGGCUUGAUGUACUUUUCAAGGUCCGGUCCAGUCUUGACUUAUUUCUUCCGUUGGGCAUUAUUACAUUUCUUUUCAAUGAGUUUAAUGAAUAACAGCUAUUACACAAUGUUAACACAUUUUGUGGUUUAUUUUUGUUAUUUUGAUCCCUCUGUCCUCUUCCCCCCUUUCAUUCUUUUGGGUGCAUGGUCGAGAAGAAGAAAAUUUUAUUUGAUUACAGCAACCAUCAUAUCACUGUUUUAGUGCACCCAUCUUUGCUGUGCAUGGAUAUGGUGUAGAAUUUAUGCUUAAUGGAUCUGUGGAUUGCUAAACAUCUUAUGUUGAUUU